GGAGACUAAAAUUUCAAAUAUACAAAACCAUAUUUUAAGCUUAAUUUUAAUGCCUCUGCUGUUUAUCAUCAGAGCUAAUAUAACCGUAUAUUCUCUGUUUAUAUCAGCUUAAAAAGAGAAAAAGAAAACUAUUCAACUAUGGCGAUGAGUCAGUUCAGCUCGUGUUCUUCAUUUCCCUUCAUCUAUCACACUCACUUUUUAAAUAACCAUUGUUCGAAAUCCCCUUUUCUUCUACAAACUUCAAAAACUUUUCCUUCCUUCACCCUUUUCGCAUCGCUUCCUCCUCCUUCAUCCCCUAUUUUCCUCCCUUUUCUUCAAGAACCUGAAGAACAAGAGCUACCAAUUGAUAACCCAAAACACCCACAGCUUGAUGAUGAAGAAGAAGAAGAGGAGGAGGAUAAUCAUAUAAAAGACCCAAUCAUCAGAUUCUUCAAGUCCCGUCCCUCGGCGCCUGACCCACCGAGUCAAGGCAAAUUCUCCCUCCAAAAGAACCGUCGGUCUUCUUGGCACCUCGCCCCGGAUAUCCGGUCCUUACCCGACCCGGAAUUUGACUCCGAACCGGAGCCUGAUAAUGAAGAAGAAGAAGACUUGUUCUCAGAAGCAAAACAACUAACAGGUGAUAUGCUUGAAGACUCAACUGAACUACCUGACGGAAUUGUGGGAGAAAUCAUUCGCGCUGCGAGAAACUUGCCGGAGAAUUCUACAUUGGGUGAGUUCAUGGGAGGUUAUCAAGGGAAAUUAAGUGAAAAAGAAUGCUUGGAAGUGUUGUCAUUGAUGGGAAAACAAGGACUUGCUUUGGGCUGCUUGUAUUUUUUUGAAUGGAUGCGUUUGCAGGAGCCUUCACUCGUUACUCCACGAGCUUGUUCGAUUAUCUUCCCUGUGUUGGGGAGAUGGGCAAUGGGUGAUAAAUUGAUGGUUUUGUUUAGAAAUUUGCCACAAAGUAAGGGUUUCAGAGAUGUUCAUGUCUAUAAUGCAGCUAUUUCUGGGCUUUUAUGCUCGAAAAGGUAUAAUGAUGCUUGGGAAGUUUACGAGGCCAUGGAAGCUAACAAUGUUAAACCCGAUCAUGUUACAUGCUCUACAAUGAUUACAAUUAUGAGAAAAACUGGGGGUACUGCAAAAGAUUCAUGGCAGUUCUUAGAUAGAAUGAAUAGGAAAGGAGUGAAAUGGAGUGUUGAAGUUUUGGGGUCGAUAAUAAAGUCUUUUUGUGAUGAAGGGUUGAAGAAUGAAGCUCUUAUUAUCCAAUCUGAAAUGGAGAAGAAAGGGGUUCAUUCAAAUACCGUCGUGUACAACACUUUGAUGGAUGCUUAUUGUAAAUCGAACCAAAUCGAGGAAGUUGAAGGCCUUUUCGCUGAGAUGAAAAUGAAAGGACUUAUGCCUACAUCUGCUACCUUUAACAUAUUAAUGGAUGCAUAUAGUCGGAGAAUGCAGCCGGAGAUCGUUGAGAAACUGCUUGUUGAAAUGCAGGAUAUGGGGUUAAACCCGGAUGUGAAAUCGUAUACUUGCCUGAUAAGUGCCUAUGGGAGACAGAAGAAGAUGAGUGAUAGGGCAGCUGAUGCUUUCUUGAGGAUGAAGAAAGUUGGUCUAAAACCGACUUCACAUUCGUAUACAUCUCUUAUCCAUGCUUACUCCAUUAGUGGUUGGCAUGAGAAAGCUUAUACUGCAUUCGAGGAUAUGCAGAGAGAAGGUCUUAAGCUGUCCAUUGAAACAUACACUGCUCUAUUGGAUGCAUUUAGGCGUGCAGGGGACACUCAAAGAUUGAUGAAAGUAUGGAAGUUGAUGAUGAGCGAAAAAAUCAAAGGCACACGCGUUACCUUCAACAUCCUUCUCGACGGAUUUGCAAAACAAGGUCAAUAUAUUGAAGCAAGGGAUGUUAUUUCCGAGUUUGGGAAGAUUGGGUUACAACCAACGGUGAUGACAUAUAAUAUGCUAAUGAAUGCAUAUGCAAGAGGAGGCCAACACCUGAAAUUACCACAAUUGUUGAAAGAAAUGACGGUUCUUGAUUUAAAACCGGAUUCAGUCACUUAUUCAACAAUGAUCUAUGCUUUUGUUCGUGUUCGGGAUUUCAAGAGGGCAUUCUAUUAUCACAAGCAAAUGGUGAAAAACGGGCAAGUUCCAGAUGUUAAGUCCUACGAAAAGCUCAGAUCAAUAUUGGAUGUAAAAGCUGCAAAACAGAACAAGAGGGAUAAGAGUGCUAUACUAGGUAUAAUCAACAGUAAAAUGGGGAUGGUGAAAGCAAAAAGGAAAACAAAGAAAGAUGAGUUCUGGAAGUAUAAGAAAAGGAACCAUAGAACUCCCGAUGUUGCUCAUGAUGGUCAGAAAUGAAUGCCACCUUUCCGUUACAUGAGAGCUUAAGUUGUUCGACAUAAGUAUUUGGAUAUUGGUGUUGGUCCGUUGGAUAUGAAAAUGUGUCAGGGUCGUACACCGAGUUGAUUUCAUCUCCUCAUAGCUCUCUAGGAGAGGCCAUGGUCUUUUAGAUUGGAUAUACAAGUGUUCAUAGUCUCUUCAACAUUCUUCAAACGUGUGAGGCAUCUUUUCUGGACAAAAUCGCGAGAUUCAAUAAGGUAAAGGAGAUAAUAUCUGAUAAAUUGGUUUGAACUAUGAUAACAUAUCAUGGGAAUUAAAUGGCUACUGUUAGGUUAGCCUCAUUUAUGUUUGCAUCUCUUUCUAGGCUAACUUUUGCAAAUACUUUUCUAAAUAUAGUAGUUAUAAUAAUUAAUAGAUGCCAUGCAGCCUUUGUAGUUUCUUUUGAUAUUUUUUGGGAAAAUUAAAUUAGUAGUCAUCCAACUAUGGUUCUUUUUCCUUUUUGUCACUCGACUAUGAAAAGUUACAAAAUGGUCACCUAAUUAUAAUUCUUUUUUCUUUUUUGGUCAUCCAACUAUUCAAUUUUGUCUUUUUGAGUCACUCAACUAUCUUGAAUUUUUGAGUGUUUCCUUUUUUAUGUUAACUAGUUGGUGACCAAAAAAAGAAAAAAAAGUUAUAGUUGGAUGGCCAAUUUUUAUCUUUUCAUAGUUGAAUGAUUAAAACAAUAAAAAAUCGUAGUUGAAUUAUCCUAAUUUUUUAAUUUUUGGUUUGAUAGGAGGAUUAACCUUGUAAAGAUUUCUUAAUACGAUAAUUAACUUUAAUUAUUUGUUUGGUUGUGAAAAUCAAUUGAUUAGUUAUUACACCACUUAGUUUUUCUUAAUUUGAGGAAAAUUUUUAUACUUGUUGAAUUGGUAAAUUCUAUCAAGUGUUUUUCUUCCUCUAUUUCUUUUAAUGUUUUCAAUAGUGUUUUUGCUCAAAAAUAAAUUAUUAUAUUUUCUUCUUCACUUCUUUCAGCAUCAUUUCAGCUAAUAUAAUAAAUUUUAAAACAUUAAAAAAUUCCAAUCUUCUAAAUUUUCAACCAUAUCAUUCCUAUAAAAUUACAUGUCAAAUUUUGCUUGGAUUUUAUUUUAUGGAAUAUUUUAUAAAAUAUUUUCAUUUAAAACUAUUUUUAAUUAAGUUUAUUUCAAAGGCAUAUAAAAGUUUAUAAUGUAAUUUUAUUGAAGUAACACAUUUGGUAAAUAUAUCUUUCCCAAUGGUCACUAAAUUGUUUUUAAGGUGUGAUUGAUGAGAGAGAGAUUAUGCUUAUCCAUCAUCUAGUAAAAAUAUUAUCUUAGGAUAGUACUUAACAUCAUCCAAGAUGCAACAUGUCUCGAAAACAAUAUGGAAUUAUUUAUCUAACAUCCGAAGACGCAUGUAAGGCAUUGGUAUUGGAUGGAAAUUAUGAGUGGCAUGAGAUAUUACGUGAAGCAUUUUUCAGAGGAUUGCUUAUAGGUUUUCUGACUUGGGAAUGAUGAUUGAUCAUGGAGGAAAUUUAAAAAUAUAGUCCUCUUCAAGAUAAACAUAAUUUCUUAAUUAUGGAAGAAUUUGUUUAUGAUAGAGUUGCUUUACUUGGUGAGCACAAUGAAUUGUAUAAUGGCUAAAAUCUUUGACCAAAAUCUGUUUAUGAUGCACUUGUUAAUGUUAUGUAUAAUGGAUUUGGUGUGUUCUUUUUCAUA